GAGCCUACAGGUGACCCGACACUGAACCGUCCGGUAGCCGCCGCAUCAGCACCGGGAUCCUUUCGCUGCUUUUUUCAGCUGAAGUGGAAUAAAUCAGAGACUCAGAGAUCCACAUCCAGACACAAACUCCUGCUGGUGAGCUGCAGCCCAGACUGUGAUGUGACAGCGCGACGCUCCUUCUCCCAUCUAUCUCUCCACAUCGGUGCAGAUCAGUCAGAGAUGGCAGCCAUCUUUGCUGCGGCCCUGCAGACCGGAGGGGUGAAGUCUCCUCAGAUGCUGAUGUCGUGUGUCUUCCUGCUGCUGUCGCUGCAGCCUGCAGAGUCCAGCGCUGCUCCAGAGGCCAAAGCCUGGAGCCAGACGGGGCCGCGGCUGCAGCUCUCGCAUUCAGACCUAAGGAACAGGGGGGCUGUUUUCUGGAAGGACGGGGUCAGCGGUGGAUACCAGACCCUGCUGUUGGACGAGGAUCAAGGCUGGUUGUUGAUUGGAGGGAAAGACCACAUCUACCUGCUGAGGUCUGACAGCUUGGAUCUGCCCACUCGCACGAUCUACUGGCCUGCUGCCAAAGAACAUGUGGAGCACUGCAGGCUGGCAGGGAAAAGUCCGGAGACUGAAUGUGCAAACUUCGUGCGGCUGCUGCAGCCCUUCAAUAAGACUCAUGUUUAUGCUUGUGGCACCGGAGCUUUCCAUCCUCAGUGCACUUACCUGCGCUUAGGACACAACACAGAGGAGCCGUUGUUCAUGUUGUCUCAUGCGGUCGAGUCUGGCAGAGGAAAAUGUCCCUUCAGUCCCAGAGAGCCCUUCACUGCUCGACUGACUGAUGGUGAACUUUAUGCUGGUACCUCAGUAGAUUUCAUGGGAGCCAACGCUGCGAUCUUCCGCACGUCGGUUCAUGGGAACAGUCAACAUUACAUCCGCACUGAAGCCUACGACCACAACUGGCUGAACGAGCCGGAGUUUGUGGACUCUUUCUCCAUCCCGGACACUCACAGUCCGGAUGACGACAAGGUUUACUUCUUCUUCAAGGAGCGAGCGGUGGAGGCCGGACAGUGGGACAAGAGGGUGUACAGCCGAGUGGCUCGAGUGUGCAAGAAUGACGUCGGAGGAAAGAGGAGUCUGAUCAACCGCUGGACCACCUUCCUCAAAGCCCGGCUGGUCUGUUCUGUACCCGGUCCGUCUGGAGUCGACACCCAGUUUGAUGAGCUAGAGGACAUCUUUAUUCUGGAGACCAAAGACCCUCAGAACCCCACAAUCUACGGCGUCUUCAGCACCUCCAGCUCUAUAUUUCGUGGUUCAGCGGUGUGCGUGUACUCCAUGGCAUCCAUCCGUGCUGCUUUUAAUGGGCCAUUUGCUCAUAAGGAAGGUCCCGACUAUCGCUGGGUGGAGUACAAAGGACGCAUCCCCUACCCAAGACCUGGAACUUGUCCCAGUGAGACUUACGACGCCCUCCAUAAGUCCACCAAGGAUUUCCCAGACGAGGUUGUGAGCUUCAUGCGGCAGCACCAGCUGAUGUGGGAGCCCGUCCUGCCUCUGGGUGGCAGACCCAUCUUAACCCGGGUCAACUCGCCCUACAUGCUCAAGAGGGUCGUAGUGGACCGGGUGGACGCUGAGGACGGACCUUACGACGUCCUUCACCUAGGCACAGAUGAUGGGAAGGUGGUGAAGGCAGUCUCGGUGAUCAAAGACAACUGGGACACAGAGGAGAUCAUUCUGGAGGAGCUGACCGUCUUCCAAAGUCCGUCUCCCAUCCUGAGCAUGGAGCUGUCAACAAAGAGACAACAGCUGUAUGUGUCCAGUGAGCUCGGCGUGGCCCAGCUGGGGCUCCAGAGGUGUGAGCUGUACGGGGUCGACUGCGCCGAGUGCUGCCUGGCCAGAGAUCCCUACUGCUCCUGGGACGGACAGACCUGCUCCAGAUACUUCUCCACCAGCAAGAGGCGGACACGGAGACAGGAUAUAAAGUACGGCGACCCCUGGAGUCAGUGCCCAAUCACCGAGGAUGAUUCACAGUCUGUUGAGGUGAAGUCAGUGUACGGCGUGGAGGGAAACUCCACCUUCCUGGAGUGCGUUCCUCGGUCGCCGCAGGCCGAGCUCAAGUGGACGGUGCCGCAAACAGAGAGCCAGCAGCAAACUCUCAGUCAGAUGCACCAAAGCAGAAAGAGCAACGACGGCCGCUCCCUCUACAUGAAGCGAGGGUUGCUGAUUCAGCGCCUGGAGCUGGCUGACGCCGGCGUCUACACCUGCACCAGCCACGAGAACUCCUACCGUCAGGUCCUGGCCCGAUACCGCAUCCACAUCAUCCCCAACCACAGCCUCCAUCCGGCCCGCUACCAGCAGAACCACAGCCCCAACCAGCAGGGCCCCGUGGUCCACGGGAGGAACGGCCCGUCGGCUGUGGGGGUUUCCGGGUUUCACAGCCAGGCGGGAGCCCCUAAUCCGCCACCUUCGCUGCCGGGAAACAGGAACUCGUGGAUUUCCCAGCAUCCUCAGCUUCCUCUGAAGAGCUACAAAGACCUGCAACUGGCGGGGAGCAACGGUCUGAGCGUGGACGAGUACUGCGAGAAUCUGUGGUACCGCGAGAAACGCCGGCAGCAGAAACUCCGCACUCUGAAGCUGAGACAGGAGAGCAGGAAAGCCCGGGUGAGGAGGAACAACCCUCCGGAGGUUCCCCUCUAGUCACCUGGAGAACACAGAGACUGACAACAGAUCCUGUACAUGCAGUGGACAAAGAAAGAGCUAAUAAUGGCGGCUGGUAGAGUGAUACCACCUCUAUGCCUUUAAAGACUGACAAUAAUAUUCAAAAAAAAAAAGAGAGAGAAUUAGUAUAUCCUCAUCCUGAGUAUGUUGACAUUUAGACACUUCAAAAAAUGGAAAUGGAAAUGUAGAAAAAGUUAUUUUAUGUCUGAAUUUUUAUUAUUAGCAACGUUCAUUAUUGUUUCAGUUGGCUCCAGAAUGUUAUUUUGUAAGUCAAAGAUGGAACCAGCAUCUGAAAGAUGAAAUCACACCUUAGAAUCACAAAUGUGCCAAAUAUUAUGGGUUUAUGACACAUUUAAAGGGAAACUUUGCUAUUUUUUUCAACCUGGACCAUAUUUUCCCAUCUUUUUGUGACUAAUGGGGUCAACACUGUUUGAAACUGGUCCAGUAUUGAGCGAAACAGGCUGUAAUGUGAUCCUCUAGGGCUUAUUUUUGCCACUGACAGGCUCAGAUUGUUAUUAUAAGUGUCUGAAAACAUCAUGGGAAGGACCAUACAGAGAAGUAAAACAUAUUUCUUGACUUUCACUUGAUCCGUCUGUUUAUUAACUGUGUCUAAUCAAAUCUGACUCAAGGAGAAAAGUACCUUGACGGUGCGUUAGUGUUGGAUUACAUUGGAGCCCCUUUCAUGGCUGCUGGCUGAAACGCUCUCACUCAAUACUGGACCAGUUUCAAAAAUUGUUGCACCCAUUAGACACAAAAAGAUGGGAAACAGGGUCCAGGUUGAAUACCAAGGUUUCCCUUUAUGCAUAUUUGUUGCUGACAGGUUACAAGACAACAUACUUACAACAUAAACGAGUCAGAAGGGAAGUGAUGCAUCUGAUCUUAUUUCAAGCUUCAUUAGCUUUCAGUACAAGCUUCUAGAGAAAAUAUAAUGCUGCUAAACAGCUUGGUAGCAGUGCCAAAAACUGUUUGAGUUACUAUUUGUAGUGUUAGAAAGACUUGUGGCAUGAAGUAGGAAACAUUAUCAGAAUAUUUACCUUUUCUUUAAUGUUAUGAAUCCAACAAUAUCUCAGCUUUCCUUCUCUAGUAUGUCCUCUGCAUACUGGAAACAGGCCGCUGACGGGGAAUUUGUAGUAAAAAAUAUCUGAAAUACAGGUGAAAGGUUGAGGUGAACAUGUAUCAGGAUCUCACACACGACGCAGACUGAAGUAUAUAUACGGUAUAAAUUAAUGACAGAAGACUAAACAUGAAAAGUGUUUGCCCUAUUUACUGCCACACGUUUAACUGUUUAACAAAAACUUAUACUGUUUUCUACAAGUAUUUAUGUUUGUUUCAUACAUACCUGAUGGAUUGAAUAAAGGCCUCAGUGGAAACGCACACGUAAAACAAACCUUGCUUGAAUGACACAUUCUGUAUUAAUUCUGCCAUGUAACUAAUAAUUAUUAUUAUUCACAUCAAUGUAUAUUAAAGAACUCUAUUUUUGAUAGUUUUCUUUCUUUGUAUACUAGGAUUUAGUACAUUUUCUGUGUUUUUAUAAACUUGUGUGUUUCUCUUUUUUUUAACUUCACGACUCUAAUAAGCUUCGAGAUGAAGAACUGAAUAAUGGAUUUUCUGUUAAACUGUAUGUGAAUAAGCCACAAAAUUAUAACUUACCUGUAAAAUAAAGAAAUAAAAACA